AUGGACCGUGUUGUGUUGCUGCUGCUGCUGUGUGUUGCUCCACUGGUUCGAGGCUACCCUACAGGUCUAGUUACGGACAGUUGUGUUAACAUGCUACCCAAUCACUCUGGGCAUAGCCCGCAGACGAAACCAGCACCCUUCACUGUUAUGAUGGACCGCAGCAGCUACAAACUCGGAGAUCAGGUGAAAGACAACUCUAAAAGCCUUUGCAUCUCUGCCACCGUUACGCUCCAGGCUCCAGCCCCCUUAACAUUCCGUGGUUUCCUGUUAGAGGCUAGAGAAGUGGGGGGUCUGUCUCCUGUGGGCUCCUUCUCCCUGAUAUCAACGGAUGCUCAGCUCCUAACCUGCAGCCAGAAAUCUAACUCAGCUGUAGCCCACAAUUCAGGGAAUAUUAAGACCUCCAUUCAGGUGAAAUGGACACCAGACGCAUCAGGAAACGCAAAUAACAUUCAAUUCCACGCAACCUUCGUGCAGGAUUUCAACACAUUCUGGGUUGUUACAAGUCCAGCCUUGACCUUCGCUAAUGGUGUUGCUGGUGGACCUACAACUCUCACCACUUCAACAACCACAAUACAGCAAUUUACACCACCUUCUUUAGUCCAGCAGACGAGUAUCUCCAGUGCAAAUUGCAGCAUCAGCAAGGUGUGUUUCAGUCAGCCUUCAAACUGUGACCCAGCCAAUGGUGACUGUUAUUUCAUGUCAGCCCUGAUGGUGUCAGGUGAAGCCAUCCGCUAUGAGAUGAAAGGUCCUUCUAAUGGAUACAUCGCUUUUGGAUUGUCAGAUGAUCAGAAAAUGGGAAACGAUGACAUUUAUAUUUGUGGCAUCGACGGUAACGGAAUUGUGGGGGUGCAGCAUGCCAUUUCAACAGGACGAACAUAUCCAACUAUUCUUCCUCUGGGGAAUGUUUCUAAUAUAACAGCGUCAGUGCAGAACGGGGUGAUCAGCUGUUCCUUCACCUCCAUGAACAUUAUUUCUCUUACGAGGACCGCUGGCUUCAGCAAUGCCUACUAUCUCCUGUUUGUCCAUGGACCCAGCAGCAAUGGAAAAAUCCAGAUCCAUACAGAAACCUUCAUCAGCACCAAAACGAUAAACAUUUCCGACCCUGGAGUUGUCCAAGAUGAAGGUGUACCUAGUAUCGUCAAAGCCCAUGGAGCACUGAUGCUGAUAGCCUGGAUGACCCUCGGAUCACUGGGAAUGAUGGUAGCUCGAUAUCUGAAAAAAACGGCCAAAGGAAAGAAAGUGAUAGGCAAAGAUGUCUGGUUUGUGGUCCAUGUUGGCGUGAUGAUUCUGACGGUGGCAGCCACAAUCAUCGCCUUCAUCCUCAUCUUCUCAUAUGAACAACAAUGGUCUGGGGGAGUCCAUCCCGUGUUAGGCUGCCUGGUCAUGAUCCUUUCGUUCCUCCAGCCCAUUAUGGCUCUGCUGCGCUGUGCACCACAACAUCCACGGAGGUUUUUGUUCAACUGGUCCCAUGCUUUAAAUGCCCUGGUUAUAAAAGUGUUAGCCGUGGCAGCCAUAUUCACAGGCCUGCAGUACCUUGACAGCACCACAGACCAAUGGCUGGUGAAAGUGAUGGGUGGUAUGGUCGGCUGGGAGGCUCUGUUCUUCAUUCUGUUGGAUGUCCAAUCAAGAUGCAUGGUUAACAGGACAGAUACUUUGGAUUUAACAGCGAUGACAAAUGAGGGCCUGCUGGUGGCUCUGUUCUUCCUGGGAAACUUUGCCUUUCUGGUGGCUCUGCUGGUUGGAAUCGGGAGUUCAUAAGAAGAAAAAAAACAGAGCAAAGCAGCCCGACUCGACCUAGUCUCUCCUCCUCAGCCUGUCUCGACUUUGUCUCUCCUCCUCAGCACAGAUUAGUCUAGGUCAAGCCUUGCUUUAUUUGUUAUCCUGGAUUUAUAAAUCUUUUGUGAAAAAGCCCCCAGGACUCAAAUUGAUCUUGUAAUAGAAAAUUGUUUUAAUAAAAUGCUUAAACAUAUUGUAAUGUUCCUCCUUCAUAAUAAAUAAAAUAAGAUUUA